CCAAGAUGUCUUUAACCGGAAACGAUGUCGUUUACUAGAUUUGUGAUUCAUCACCAUCUUUCUCUUUGUUGCUGCAAGUAAGCCGAAAGACAGAAAAACCCUAGACAGAGCUAGGGUGGAUCAUCGACGAAGAUGCAACUAACUCUCGAAUUCGGGGGUGGUUUAGAGCUGCUCUGUGAUUCUGAAAAGAUCCAUAAAGUAAACGUCGAUUUGCCCAAUGGAGUAGAAGAGUUAACAAUGAAGGAUUUGCUUUCGUGGGUUCGCACAAAUGUGAUCAAAGAGAGGCCUGAGAUGUUCAUCAAGGGAGAUACUGUGAGACCUGGUGUUCUUGUGCUAGUGAAUGACUGUGAUUGGGAGCUUAGCGGUCAGCUUGAGACCACUAUCGAAGAUAAAGAUGUUAUCGUUUUCAUCUCGACCUUGCACGGUGGAUAAAAGAACAUAUAGCUGAGGAGUUCAUCAUUGAACCUUUUCAACUAUCUAUGUUCUUCACUUCUGUUAUGUAAUCUCAGCAACUGCAGACAGAAUCUAAUGCGUUUUGUUUACUUGAAGACUGAUUGUAGACUUGUCUUGUCAAGAAGAAUACACCUCUAAACCUUUUAACUAUCUAUCUUCUUCACUUACUUUUUUUUUUUUGGAUCAACUAUCUUCACUUUUAUUAUGUAAUAUCUGCAAAUGCAUAACCUCAUGUGUUGUUUUUCUUG